GUGCUGGCCAGAACCCUGCCCGGCAGGCGAGUGUUGCUGCUGGAAUCCCUUACUCUGUGCCUGCCUGGAGCUGCCAGAUGAUCUGUGGGUCAGGCUUGAAAGCGGUAUGUCUGGCUGCUCAGUCCAUACUGACGGGAGACUCCAGCAUCGUGGUUGCAGGAGGCAUGGAAAGUAUGAGCAAGGCUCCUCAUGUCAUUCACAUGCGAGCUGGGGUGAAAAUGGGAGAGGCUUCCUUGCAGGACACUAUAAUCCUUGAUGGUCUUACAGAUGCUUUUUAUCAGUAUCAUAUGGGUAUAACAGCUGAAAAUGUGGCCAAUCAGUGGCAAGUCAGCAGAGGUGAACAAGACCAACUUGCUCUGCAGUCACAAAACAGGGCAGAGGCAGCGCAGAAAGCUGGCUAUUUUACAAAAGAAAUUGUUCCCGUUCUUGUACCUUCUAAAAAAG